UCCACCUUCCUCAUCCAAGCAGACGAGAGAUUCCGGAGAUGGGAAGGCCCAGCGGAAGCACGCGCAAGGAAGCCAGGAUCGCCGACGGCGCCGGCGCCGACCGCUUCACCGCGCUGCCGAUCGAGCUCCGCGCGCACAUCGUCUCCUUCCUCCCGUACCGGGAGAUCGUCCAGCUUUCGGUGCUGUCACGGCCUUGGAUGCACAUCCACCACUACACGCCCGUCGUCAAGCUCAAUCUCGACGAGUUCCUCUUCUUCGACGACAUCAUGCUCGACGAGGGGGACGAGGACGCCCUCCCCGGCGUCGUCGACGACGGCCUCCUCGUCGGCCUCCGCGUCGCGCUCCGCCGCCGUGCGCAGGAGGGGUCCGGGUGCACGGUGGACGCCCUCAGGAUCGCCUACGCCGUCGACGACCGCCGCAUGAGGCGCCACGCCGACCGCAUCAUCGCCCUCGUCGACGCGCGCAGGAUCCGCGUCACCGUCCCCUACAACGGCCGCACCUCGAGAGACGCGUGGACGCUGGCCCUCCCGGCCGCGGCGCGCUACCUGGACGUCGCCGUGUUCGGCCAUCUCUCGCCGGCAAUCACGGGGCCAGGCGCCGCCGCCCUGCUGAAUCUCCGCCUCGAGCACGUCGUGCUCCGCGAGUGGCCGUGCCUCCCGUCCCUGCGCUCCCUGACGCUCAACACCGUCACCGUCGAGGCGCCGCUCCCACCUGGCGCGUGGUCCCCGCUGCUCGAGUACCUGAGCAUCUUCAAUUCCAAAAUCGAGCAAGCGCGUGUCGACAUUCGCCUGCCGCUCCUCAAGAGCCUUGACUUGGAUCUGGUCGACGUCAGCGCACACGGCGACUCCAUCGGCUCGCCGUUCGGAGACAUCACCGUCGACGCUCCGAGGCUGGAGGAUCUGGAGGUGAUCUGCAUCGCUGGCUGCGCCGCCGAGUACAAGUCGUUCACGCUGCGGGCGCCGAUGCUGCGCUACCUGUACUGGCACAACCAGUUCGCGGAGCGCGUGGCCAUCGAUGUUGGCAGCCCGGGCAGCGUCACGGCGGGGAAGAUCCAGUUCGAGUGGAAUCACGAGAGUAGCUGCCGCGAGCUGAAGAGCUACAAGGCACAGAUGAUGCGGAUGCUGGAGGGCCUCAUCCCGGAGCUGUCGCCGGAGCGUGUCGCCCACGCUGCAAGGCCUCACAUGACGCUCGACAAGUACACCGUGGAGGGCACUGACUUUGUGGAGGACGGCAAGAUGAUCCCCGAGGAGAGGCUCGCCUGCGACCUCGAUGCCAUCAUGUCGUCGCUAAAGGACUGAACACCAUUGGCGUGUCAGUUGCUUCUAACAAAGAUGCAGGACAAGUGGAAUUCUGAACUUUGGACCGCCGCACCGAUUGUGCAUGAGUUUGACUGGAAUAGCAAGUUCAUUUCUUCUUUUUCUUAGAAAGAGACCUGAUUUUGCCUGAUGAUCUUAAGAUAUUUGAUGUUUCCUGCACCAUGUUAUCUUGUCAAUGAAUUGUACUGCCGUUCUUGUUCUAGAAAUGAAAUGCCCAAUAGUUCUUGACCA